AUGGAAUCGUCCAAGAAAUACCAAAAUUCCCAGCGGCUUCCCCCGCCAGCUUUGUUUCAAGGCCCUCCCUCACAUAACGCGUCCAACAUCUCUCUGUCCGUCCCUUCUCCCGCAGCAGGACCUACUCUUUCCGCACCAACCAGCGGCCAACUUCCUCCUUUCCAUCGCAAAAGAUCCGAUCGCAGCAACGAUGGCGAUAGUGUCGAGAAUCGCAGCUUGCUUUCCCCCUUCAUUUCCCGACGCCCGUCCAAGAAUGACGUCGACGGAUCCGACGCGAUAUGGCAGGAAAUGCAAAGCGCGCUGUCGGAGGUUGAACUAAGCGCCGUAACAAACGAGCAUGUCUUUGGGGAGAAACAUGCUGAAGCAUUAGAAGACCUUCGUAUGAAGCAGUUGAAGCUCGCUCAGGCAUGGGCGCGCAGUGAAGCUGAUGAUGAGGUUGUUGAUUCUAGCCGCAAUACAGCCGACGGGCAAAGCCUGGCAGCGAGUGCACAGCGACAAGGAUCUCUAGAUGGGAGCGCCACGGAAACUGUGCACAAUGAGCAAGCUACUGCCAGAGAACGUGUCUCCUACCGCACCUUGGACGAGGAGACCGAGAAAGAUAUCGUGCUUGCUCGUAAGCGCCGCGAGGCGAAUGACCGAUAUUUUGACCGCGUCAAUCAGGGUGUAUUGGAUGUGGUCGCGAAGCUUGAGGAGGUUUCGCAAGCCAUGCGAACUGUUGAGCGGGAGAGCAAGGACAUCUGGAGUGACUCAGAGAGCACGACAACAGCCGCGCCAUCGUCGACUCAUACCAGGUGA